AUGAAACAUUAUCUGGAUUGGAACAAAAAGUUGCCUUCACGGGAUAAGUACAUCGUUGAUGAUUGUUUUGAUAAAAUCCACAAGACACUCGUAAAGCUAUCAUACCGUCAGAUAGGCAGACGUGAAGCAGUAACACGAUUAUUGAAAGCAUGGAAGGAAGCGGAUCAGAAAGUGAAGAAGAGAUUGCUGACAGUAUCCCACGCUUACCAAAUACUCGAUGAUAGGGUGAAAAGCCGAUGGUUAUAA